ACGUCACUCCUGUUUUGCAUAACCACCAGUGUGUCCGCGGCUUUGAUUGGACCGCUUGCGGGAUUUGCUCUAUAUCUCGGUUCUUUUUCUUUUGUUGUUGUUUGUUUAAAUCUGUGCCGACCACGCUUCUCCGUUGUUCUGCAGCUGGACGCCUCGUCACUGCCCCUCUCCUCUCCUCUCCUCUCCUCCCUCCCCUCCCCGCUCGGGUCCAUCUUCAGGAGGGAGAAGCGCCCGCCUGUCGCCGUUCAGACGCGGAGGGAAGCGCACGCGGAGGGACGCUCGCACCAGGGCGCGCGGCUCCAUUGUUGGUUGGGGGGAUAUUGACCGGUUCGUGGCGACAUAUUUGCUCGGGGCAAGCGAGGAGCUGCUUCACCAUCUUCAAGGGAGCCGAAGAGCCGCGUCGACGGCCAGAAGGGCGUUAAAGUUUAAGAGCACUUGGCCACAUCGCCCGGGGGUGACCAUCCAGCACUAAACAUACCAACCCACGAAGGGGAUGAAGCCGGAUGGAGCUGCUAUGGAGGCCCAGGAGCCCGGUGAAGCUGCUGCAGUAGCGGAGCCCUCGGCUCAGGAAACCGUGGCGGAGGAAGCCCAACCGCGACCCGACGCAGCACCCGGGGCCGCUCAGAAGGCCAAUGGCAAUCCUAAAGCAGCGGAUCCCAAGCUCCCAAAAAUCCCCAAAACGGCUGGAAGUAAAGUCCAAUCGACAGCCUCCUCUGGUGUGGCUGGAUCCAACUCGCGGGCAGGAACUGCUUCACACCGCGCGGGGAAGGACGUUAAAUCCUCCUCCGCCGGGCCUGCAGGGAAGAAAGCAGGAGGAGCUCCAUCAAAAGCCCCCGCUGCUGAAGCUGCAGCUAAAAGACCCGUAGGCGUCGCGGCGGUUUCAUCCACAGCUAAGAACCAAACGAGAGCGCUUGACAAGAGGCCCGUCGGACCCUCCAGGGCUACCCCUUCACAAGAUGCAGCCGUGCCCAAAGGGACCAAACAGAGGCCACCCAGUGGCACAGCUAAGAGGCCAGCAGCGGACGCCGCUAACGGAGCUAGACCAAAAACCACAACUGCUCCUAACAGACCGGUCAGUGCAGCCGCUCCAAAACUCAACCCAUCCACGGUAGCAAAACCUGCAGCCACAUCCAAAGCAACCAGGCCGGCUGCAGGUCCCCCAACAUCUCGAACAACAUCCACGCUGUCCAAGGCCGCUGCAGCAGCAAAGCCGUCCACCGCUGCUCCUGCCAAGGUUGCUUCUUCAAGAGCCGCUGCGCCUCCAUCUGCUGGCCGGGCCGCAGUAGCACAGCCCAACAAAAACACGGCUGCUGCUAAGAAAGAUGUUAGCAGACCACCUCCUGCUGCCGCUGCCAAGAAACCCUUUACAGCAACAGCGCCGCCUGUGGCCAAAAAGAAAGAAACUUCUCGACCAGCUGCUCCAGUGAAGGUCAGCUCUCUGGCCACAGCACCAGCAGCCGCAAAGGCCGCAGAUCCCAAGGCGUCUCAGGCCAAAGCUCAGCCGCCUGCAAAAACCACUCCAGCAAAGAAACCUGCAGCCGCCGCUCGCUUCCCGCUGCUAAACAGACCCCCGCUGGGCCAGACGCCGCCGCCCCCUUCUCCUGCAAGCAGACCCUCUCGCACCACCAAGCCCGCAACCCCCGCAGCAAAACGUGGACCCAAGCCCACUCAGACGGUCUCACCUUUCACAAAGAAGGCUUCCAACCCGGAUCCGCCUGCUGCCGAGGCCCAGAGCACCGCCGCUCCAGUGACAGCGGCUGAAUCUGUCCGGGUGGCAGCGAGCGUAGCCGAGCCUACGGUGGCCUGUGAGGAGACUGCUGCUGCUGCCUCUGCUGGAGAGGAGGUCCAAACCCAUGACUCGGCCAAGCAUGAAAGAGACGUGGAACCAGAAGAGGUUGGUCAGCCUGGGGAGGAAGCCCCCCCACCGUCUCAAAGCCCAAUCAGAACCACUUUGCCACAGACCUCCCCUUUAAAGGAACAAUUGGAAUAUUCUGCUGUAUCACUAUCCGGGGAGCAGCAGCUCUCUUCCCCAGUCCAAGGCCUCCUCACCAACUGUGGCCUCUUCUGCGGACCUGCCCCAGGAACCCGAGUCCCUGCCAGCAGAUCCCACCCCCCCUACACCUGCACAACACCUCAAAGAAGAAGGCCCUGUCCUACACACAGCUCCCCCUGGGAAUCUAAAUGAAGAGGACGAUGAGGAGGAGC